GAUCGCUUCCGGAGCGUCCCGACGUUCUCGCCCAAGUGGUGCCUGCUGCAGUUCCGGCCAUGGGCGAGCCGUCUGCAGACGUGCGAGCUUUCUUGCUUCAGCACCCAAGCCUGCGGCUGCUGCCCGGCGCAGACAAGGUGCGCUGCGCCCUGACGGGCCACGAGCUGCCCUGCCGCCUGCCCGAGCUGCAGGUCUACACCCGCGGCAAGAAGUACCAGCGUCUGGCGCGCGCCCCCGCGGACUUCGACUACGCCGAGUUCGAGCCGCACGUCGUUCCUAGCAGCAAGCACCCGCACCAGUUGUUCUGCAAACUCACCCUGCGCCACAUCAACAAGUCCCCUGCGCACGUGCUGAGGCAUACCCAAGGCCAGAGGUACCAGAGAGCCCUAAGGAGAUAUGAGGACUGUCAGAAGCAAGGUGUGGAAUAUGUCCCUGCCUGCCUGCUGCACAAGAAGAGGAGGGUGGAAAGCCAGGUGGACGGGAACCAGCCACCAGGCCUGAGAGAAGCCUUCUGGGAGCCUCUUUCCAGUGAUGAGAGUGGAGCCCUGAGUGAUGACAGCAUGACAGACCUGUACCCACCGGAGCUCUUCACCAGAAAGGACCCAGGAGGACCUGAAGACCUGGAUGGUGCUGAUGCCUUUCUGACUGACCAAGAGAAUGAGGAGCUGAAAUCCCCAAGAAUGAAGGGCACAGGGGACAGAAGAGAAGCUAAAGUGGACUUGAAGCGGAAAAAGAAGCACCUGCACUCACUGACCAAGAAGCUCAAGAACCAUCACCACAAGCCCAAGAGCUUUGGCUCCUUCAAGCAGUCGGGUUAAUAAAGGUUGUGGGGACAGCUUUUGGUGUCCUUGGAACUCUAA